ACAACUUCCAGAACCAACACAAGAAGAUAUAGACUAUUUUUCAAGAUUUGUUAAUGUUAGUUUUGCCGUGGAGGAUAAUUUCAUCAGUGGGGAGUUAAUGGGUGGAAGGGGAUAUUUCCUAUGUAGCGUAACAUUGACUAACACAGGUGUACAAACUGUAAAGGCAAAACGCUGGCAUCUUUACGGUUAUUUCAUGAGACUUAUGGAGAUAGAUAACUAUCCUUAUCAAUUAGGAUAUCAUAUUAAGUCAUGUGGUUUGAAAUUAUUUCAUGUUGGUGGCAGCUUGUACAGAUUUGAACCUGACGGGAACGUUUUCGUUGAUCUCAAACCGUCCGAAAUGGUAACAUGUAGAUUUAAGGGGCAAGCAUUCCAGAUAACUCGUUCUGAUUCUAUGCCAAGAUGGUACGUCACCAGCAGUUUGUCUAUGCCAAAAAUCAUCGCUAACACAGAUGAUGAAUCUCUGAAUUAUGUAAAAGAUUUUACAGACAAAAAACAAUACCAGCGUAGAAUUGAUGAUAAGUCACAUCCAUUAACUCCACAACAAAGAUACCAGAUGUUUAAAAUGGACAAAAAAGAAUCAGAUACAAGAUUUAAAAUCAUUCCAACACCAUUAUUUGUUCAAGUGAAAGAGAAAGUAGAAAUGGAAUUUAAUACAAAGCAAUGGGUUAUUAUUAAGUCUGAUCCAUUUUUACAGGAGAUUAAACAUUUUUCAGAUGAGCUGUCAAUGAAAAUUGUAAAGUCUAAACCAAUGAGGAAGUAUAUAGAGAUAAGGGAAGGUCCUGUUAUAGUGGACAUGGAUGGAGUAUCUAAAGAACACAAGGAUGGUUACAUGAUUGAAGCUUUUUCAUCUAGAGAAUGUAUUAUUGUUACCGUAGCAACAAAUGAAGCUUUGUUUUAUGCAUUUCAAACUUUGAGUAGUAUUUUCUUUACACCGGAAGCUCGUACAAGUGUUGGUAUUCCUAUAAUGUUACCAGAGUUUACUAUCAAAGAUGCACCAAGAUUCUCUUAUAGAGGUCUGCAUAUAGAUGUAUCUCGUAACUUUAUAAAAGUUGAAGAAAUUUUAAAGAUCAUUAAUAUAAUGUCAAUGUACAAGAUGAAUAAACUACAUCUACAUUUGUCAGAUGAUGAAGGCUGGAGACUUGAAAUACCUGGAAUACCAGAAUUAACACAGGUAGGAUCUUCACGUUGUCAUGAUCUCAAAGAAGAGCAGUGUAUUUUACCUAUGCUUGGAUCAGGGCCAUACUCGAAUACAUCGGGAUCUGGAUAUUUUAGUGUCGGGGACUACAGAGAAAUUCUUCUUAAUGCAAAAGAACGUCAUAUAGAAGUUAUACCCGAAUUUGAUAUGCCUGGACACAGUAGGGCAGCUAUAAAGUCUAUACAUUCCAAAUCACAACGAUUGAUACGUAAAGAUAUGAAAGCAAACCUGUAUACCAUUAUAGACAGUGAAGAUGUAUCUUACUUUAAAUCAGGUCAACAUUUCACUGAUGAUGUCAUGAACCCGUGCAUGGAUUCCACGUAUGAUUUUGUCAAGAAGAUCAUUAUGGAAGUAAAGAAGAUGCAUCAAGAUAUACAGCCUCUAAAGUUUUACCACUUCGGGGGUGAUGAGGUCGCUCAGGGAGCAUGGGAUGGUUCUCCUGAAUGCAGGAAACUCAAAAAGCCAACAGGAGAAAACAUGGGUCAGUAUGAUUUAAUGAAAUAUUUCAUCAACAAUCUGACACGUAUUGCCUCGGAAGAAUCUAUGUCUGUUGGGGCUUGGGAAGAUGGCAUGAUAUCACAUGACAUUGAAAACGUAGGAUUACCUUUCCCACGUGAUGCAUUUAAAAACAAAGAUAUAUAUGUGUAUGUAUGGAAGAGACCUUCAGAGUCACGAACCCCACACAGAGCUAAACUGUUUGCAAAUAAAGGCUAUAAGGUUAUAUUAGCGUAUGGUACAUAUCUGUAUUUUGAUCACCCAUAUGAGCCCGACCCAGAGGAGAGAGGGUUGUACUGGGCAACUAGGAAAAUCUCUACAAGAGAUGCCUGGGGAUUUACACCAUCUAUUAUGUUUAACGAUAACCAUUUGGAGUGUCCCGAACAAAUUACAAACAAAAAAGAAUGCUAUGAACUCAUUAAACCAGAAAACGUCAUGGGAAUACAAGCAGAGUUGUGGACAGAAACUGUCCGAACUGAUGAACAAGCUGAAUUUAUGCUGUUUCCGAGACUUCUGUCAGUAGCAGAGAGGGGUUGGCAUAAGUCAUCAUUUGAAGAUUUGAAGGGAAAUGCAGCAGAAAAAAUGAAAGCAAAGGAAUGGCAAGCAUUCUCAGAAUGUAUUGGUUAUCAUGAGUUACCUAGACUUGAUAGAAAGGAUGUUAGAUAUAGAGUUCCUCCCCCUGGUGCCAUUGUAAUAUCUGGAAAAGCUAGUUUUAAUACAGAGUUCCCUGGUUUAGAUGUGGAAUAUUUCUCAACGGAUACUAAUACCUGGAAACUUGUAUCACAUGGAAUGCUGGUUGAAUAUCCAAUUAGACUUAGAACAAGGUCCACCGAUGGAAAGCGAUACAGUAGAGAAGUCUGGCUUAACCCAGCACUUGCAAAUAGGGCUGUUUCCUUUUUAUACAGUGCAUACAAUGCACACACUUUGAUAUACAAUGCCAUUUCUUUAUUAAUAUAUUCAUAUCUUAUAAAUAUUGUAAUAAAAUCACAGGUAAAAACCUGAUAUUAUAAUUGUUUUGUAUGUCUCUUUUAAUUGUUUUGUAUAUUGCACGGAAAUAAUAUUAUUGUAAUAUUUAUUGGUUAAUAUCUUUUAUGAUAUCUUUUACUGUACAUGCAAGAAAUGUUAAUCUAGUCUUAUCAUUUUGAAUGUGUGUUCAUAGUGUUACUUAGAAUUGAUAUGUGAUUUUUAAAAAUAUUUUUUAUAACUUUUUUUUAAAUUUUAUUACAGUAUAUUCUACAGCAUUUUUGUGCCAUAUAUACAAACAAAAAUGUUGUUCUCAACAUUGUUUUAUAUUAGUCUCACAUAAACAAGAAAAGUGUAAAAAAGCCCUUUCUUUGAUGAUUUUUUUUCAAAGAUUUCUAAUUUUAUGUAGUUCAUUGAUAGUGUCUCUGAUUUUUAGAGGUCAAUUGAUAUUUUCAGUGUGUUCAUAAUUGAAAGAUAAAAUCUAGGUAAUGAUUUCAAUUACUAGAAUUGAACAGGUAAAGAGUCUAUUUUACUAACUGGCUGUGCUGGUUUUAUAUAUGUAAAACACUAUAAGCAAACUUAUACAAUAUCAGAAUAUAAAGAGGGGGCUAUUGAAAUUUAUUUGGGGAUAUAACGUUACUGUUGCUAAUUAUAACUCUUUUUUAAAGUAUGUUUUAAUUAUUGGAAAUUGUUGAUGAUUGUAUAUUGUUAUAUUUUUGUUAUGUAUACAUUUUGUGUUUCCUGUAUAAACAUGACAAGACUUGUAACUGGGUAAAAUGAUAUUUUUAAGGCUUUUGUAGCUUUUACAAAUGAAUCACAAAUAAAGAUUUAAAACAUUA